CUAAAUUCAAGGCCAGACUGGUUGCCAAAGGAUACACACAAACCUAUGGCAUAGAUUAUACAGAAACUUUUGCACCAGUUGCAAAAUUAAAUACUAUAAGGAUUCUACUAUCUCUAGCUUCUAACCUAGACUGGCCUCUUCAACAGUUAGAUCUGAAGAAUGCUUUCCUAAAUGGGAAGCUUGAAGAGGAAGUAUACAUGAGCCCUCCUCCUGGGUUUGAGGAACAAUAUGGCUCAAAGGUGUGCAAGCUAGAGAAAGCCUUAUAUGGGCUUAAACAGUCCCCAAGGGCUUGGUUUGAAAGGUUUACUCAGUUCAUAAAGAAGCAGGGAUUCAAACAAGCCCAAGCAGAUCAUACACUAUUCAUGAAAUUCUCCAUUAAGGGAGAAAUUGCAGUACUAAUUGUUUAUGUGGAUGAUAUAAUUCUUACAGGAAACUAUUGUGAAGAGAUUGAAGACCUGAAGAAGAAGCUUGCUCAGGAAUUUGAAAUCAAAGACCUGGGAGAAUUGAAGUAUUUUCUUGGCAUGGAGAUAGCCAGAUCAAAGAAGGGAAUUGUGGUAUCCCAAAGGAAGUAUGUACUAGACCUACUUCAUGAAACAGGUAUGAGUGCAUGCAGACCAAUAGAUACUCCAAUUGACCCUAAUCAGAAGUUAGGAAAUGUCAAGGAAGGAGUACCAGUUAAUAUUCACCAAUAUCAAAGAUUGGUGGGAAGGUUGAUUUAUCUGGCACAUACAAGGCCAGAUAUUGCCUUUGCAGUCAGUAUGGUUAGUCAGUUCAUGCAUAAUCCAUUCCAAGAACAUCUAGAUGCUACCUACAGGAUCCUAAGAUAUUUGAAAAGUUGUCCAGGGAAAGGAUUAUUUUUUAAAAGAAGUGACAAUAGAAGUGUAGAAGCCUUUACAGAUGCAGAUUAUGCUGGGUCAAUAACUGAUAGAAGGUCUACAUCUGGAUAUUGUACUUAUGUAUGGGGGAAUCUGGUGACUUGGAGAAGUAAGAAGCAGAAUGUUGUUGCCAGAAGUAGUGCAGAAUCUGAAUUUAGAUCUAUGGCUAAUGGAAUCUGUGAGCUACUUUGGAUCAAGAGAAUGAUGACAGAGUUGAAUAUGGAAAUGAACCUACCUAUGAAAUUAUAUUGUGACAAUAAAGCAGCCAUUAAUAUUGCUCACAAUCCUGUGCUACAUGAUCGUACUAAACACAUUGAGGUGGACAGGCAUUUUAUCAAAGAGAAGAUUGAAGCUGGAAUUGUAUGCACACCAUUCAUAUCUACUAAAGAGCAGACAACUGAUAUCUUUACAAAGGGGCUGUUUAAACCAGUGUUUGAGUUUCUUAUAAGCAAGUUGGGAAUGUAUGAUAUAUACUUACCAACUUGAGGGGGAGUGUAGAAAAAUGUAGCAUAUUCAUGUUAUUUUAUUAUGUGUACAUCCGGGACUGUAUAGAUAGGAAGUACAGUUGAUUUAGGAAUCUAACUCUUAGAUUAACACGCAGUGUAGAUAAGAAUAGAUAGAUCCUAAAUAUUAGGAUCUGUAACAAACCUUAGCUUAUCUGUAAUUUUGUAUUUAUAUCAUUGCCGGAUGGCUCAAUAAUACAUGGAAGAUUAAUUCUUCAAACCUACAUGGUAUCAGAGCUUCGGUUUAAACUAAUCUUCAUAUGCAUUUCACAGUCACGGUUUCUAGCACAACUACUUGACUCUCUCGCAGGUGGGCAUUCUUGAUCAUUUCGGUCUUCUUGUUUAUUAUAGCUGGAAAAAGCUUCACGAAGGGAGGUGAUUGUAGCACUUCUGGAGUGGCGAAGCUCAUCAGAUGCAGAGCUUUAAGAGGGCCGGCGGUUUUCUUUGAUAUACGAAUCCGCUGAAGUGCACUUGGUGAAACACUAGCGCACCUAUUGUGUAUUUGGAAAUCUUCCUGGCAGAUCUCAACUAGUGUAUAUCUUCCUUGGGAAACUAGUGUAACACCUUGGCAGAAAUAUUUUGAAUUAUUUAUAUGAUACGAUCAAAAGUUUGGUUAUAAUCG